AUGGGAGGAAGUAAACAUUUGGUAAGUUCAGUGAGAGAGGAGCUGGAUGGUUUGCUUCCCCUGUAUCCGCUGUGCAGUAUCUACAAAGUUCCCGAGAGACUAAGGCGUGUAAGCCAAAAGGCUUAUGCACCUAAGGUUGUCUCUAUAGGUCCACUACACCAUGGCAAAGAGCAUCUCAAACCCAUGGAAGAGCAUAAGAUGAGAUACCUGCAGCAGUACUUACGUCGGACGCAAAUAAACUUGGAGGAUUAUAUACGCAAAAUAAGGGAACAAGAAGCAGGAUUACGCAGUUGUUAUGCAGAAACAAUUGCAUUUAGUAGUGACGAAUUCGUAAGAAUUAUUCUUGUGGAUGUGGCCUUCCUCAUCGAAGUCUUACUGAGAUUCCGAUUUCGUCAGUUGUCGGAGGAGAAUGAUCGGCUAUUCAACAGACCGUGGAUGUUCGAAGAUUUAUGGAUGGACUUGCUUUUGCUUGAAAAUCAAUUGCCUUUCUUCAUUCUUGAGGAUUGUUUUGACGCUGACAUAAUGCAAAGAUCUUCCAACCUUUCUGAGAGGCUUUCCCUAAUUGAUCUCUCUCAUUUUUUCUUCACAAACAAAAUACAGAUAAAGGAAACUGAAGGCAAUUUGGAGAUCAUACGCUCUUCUCAAGUAGCACAUCUUGUUGAUUUUUGUAGAAGCAUAUAUCUACCACUGAAACCAUCAGCUACAAGAGGUCCGGCACCAAAAACCACCCCUAGAAUCACAGAGCUAAAUCGCGCUGGAGUCAAGUUCAAGUUGGGAUCGAGCAGUGACUUAUUUAACAUACAGUUCAGUAGUGGCGUACUCGAAAUUCCAAAGUUAGCUAUAAGUGAUCAAUUGGAGAUAACUAUCAAAAAUCUCAUUGCCUUGGAACAAACUGACUGCAUGGAGACCAUCGUAAGUGACUACGCUUUUAUCAUCAACCGUCUUGUGAAGACCUCAAAGGAUGUGGAGCUACUUGUUAGCAAUGAGAUUCUUGAAAAUGGACUUGGUAGUAUCUCUGCAGCUGCUGCUGUGAUUAACAACCUUGCUGAUGGAUUGACUGUGGAUCCCGAAGACUGCUGUUAUGGGACAAUUUUGAAAGAUUUGAACGAGCACUGCAGCAAGCCAUGGCACCAGUGGCGGGAAUACUUGCGUAAGCAUCUUCUCCACUCUUGGGCAACCAAAAAAACUAUUGGGGCUGUUGUUUUACUAGUACUCAUUUUCAUACAGACAAUAUGUCUUCUUAUCUUUAUAGGCUUACUCGGCUAAAAAA